UUAUAUCUUUCACCUUCCCUCUCUCGUCUUCAUCAACUCUUCUUCAGAAACAUAAUAGCAUAAGUUAAUAAAACAAGAGUACUUACAUAUUCUUACAUUAGAAAUCUCUCUUCCAAAGAUGUCUCAAGCACCUAUGCCAGAUUUCUCUAGCUCGGUGAAGCUCAAGUAUGUGAAACUUGGCUAUCAAUACUUAGUCAAUCACUUCUUGAGUCUUCUUUUGAUCCCCGUCAUGGCAAUCAUCGCCGUUGAGCUUCUUCGGAUGGGUCCACAAGAGAUUCUUAAUGUUUGGAACUCACUUCACUUUGACCUAGUUCAGGUUCUAUGUUCUUCUUUCUUUGUUAUCUUUAUCUCAACCGUUUACUUCAUGUCCAAGCCACGCACCGUCUACCUUGUUGAUUACUCUUGUUACAAACCGCCUGUCAUGUGCCGUGUCCCCUUUUCAACUUUCAUGGAACAUUCACGUUUGAUCCUCAAGGACAGUCCUAAGAGCGUUGAGUUUCAAAUGAGAAUUCUUGAACGGUCCGGUCUUGGUGAAGAGACUUGUCUCCCUCCAGCUAUUCAUUACAUUCCUCCUACACCAACCAUGGACGAGGCAAGAAGCGAGGCUCAGAUGGUUAUCUUCACGGCUAUGGAUGAUCUCUUCAAGAAAACCGGUCUCAUGCCUAAAGACGUCGACAUACUAAUUGUCAACUGCUCUCUCUUCUCGCCCACACCAUCGCUCUCAGCUAUGGUCAUCAACAAAUAUAAGCUUAGGAGCAACAUUAAAAGCUUUAAUCUCUCCGGGAUGGGCUGCAGCGCUGGCCUGAUCUCAGUCGAUCUGGCCCGUGAUCUCCUUCAGGUCCAUCCCAAUUCUAAUGCAGUCAUUGUCAGCACCGAGAUCAUAACUCCUAAUUACUACAAAGGGAAUGAGAGAGCCAUGUUGCUACCGAACUGUCUCUUCCGCAUGGGAUCCGCAGCAAUUCUUAUGUCAAACCGUCGGUCUGACCGGUGGCGAGCCAAGUACAAGCUUUGCCACCUUGUCCGGACUCACCGUGGCGCUGACGACAAGUCUUACUACUGUGUGUAUGAACAGGAAGAUAAAGAAGGAAAGAUUGGCAUCAACUUGUCCAAAGAUCUUAUGGCCAUCGCCGGCGAGGCCCUCAAGGCUAACAUCACCACAAUGGGUCCUCUCGUCCUACCGGCAUCGGAGCAACUCCUCUUCCUCUUUUCUUUAAUCGGACGUAAAAUCUUCAACCUGAAAUGGAAACCAUACAUACCAGAUUUUAAGCUAGCCUUCGAACACUUCUGCAUCCAUGCAGGGGGUAGAGCCGUAAUCGAUGAGCUCCAAAAGAAUCUACAGCUAUCAGGAGAACACGUGGAAGCCUCGAGAAUGACACUACAUCGUUUUGGUAACACAUCGUCGUCGUCGCUAUGGUACGAGCUUUGCUACAUCGAGUCUAAAGGGAGGAUGAGGAGAGGAGAUCGAGUUUGGCAGAUUGCGUUUGGGAGUGGUUUCAAGUGUAACUCUGCUGUCUGGAAAUGUAACCGUACGAUUAAGACACCUAAGGAUGGACCAUGGUCUGAUUGUAUCGACCGUUACCCUGUCUUUAUCCCCGAAGUUGUCAAACUUUGAACCAAAACGUCUUCAAGUACGGUUUUGGUAAUGGUAUGGAUUUUUGUGUACGGUUUAGGUGUUGGGAUUCGGUUUUUAAGGGGAUUGGGAAAUGGAAGUUAGAAAUAAGAAAAAGCAAAUCAUAAAAUGUUUGUAUUUAUUUGCUCUGCAUAUACUUAAAUCUCUAUUUUCAUUUGGGGUAUUUUUAAGAUUCUCGUGCUGUAAUUAUAAAAGUUCUAUCAAAUAAGAAUAUUUCUUUCUUCUU